AUGGCUUACCAGUUUCCAAAACGCAUUCUUGAAGAAGGAGCUGAGACCCAGAUUGAUAAGAUUAACAAUACGUGUAGGCGUAGGACGUUGGAUAUGGUGAGAAGUGUUCUCAAGGAUGAAUAUGAGGAAGUUUUGCAAGACCCGGUCUUUGGUCCGAUUCUGGCAAUCCUAGAGACCAAGCUCCUGUACCCAGGGAAGAUUAUUCACAGCUUCAUAUGCAAGCAGGUCAAGGUUUCCAAGCUUCACGAGCUGUGGUUUGUAUUUGCAAGGAGGCCUCUUAGGUUUUCACAGCAAGAAUUUUAUGCUGUGACUGGAAUCAAGUUCAGGGAUGAACCUGACAUAGACUUUGAAGAUUGGGAGGAUGAUAAGGGGUUUUGGAGCAGGGUGUUGAAGCAGAACAGGAAGAUCAGCUUAUUGAGUAUAAGGACUGAGCAACUUGAAGUCUGUAACAAGUGGACGUAUGUGGACAUGGUGAGGCUAGUGUAUCUCUGUAUUAUCCAAGGACACCUCAUAGCUAAGGAUGAUAGAGUUUCUAUCCCUCUAGAAUACAUCCGCUUGGUGAUGGAUUUUGGUAAGAUGAGGAUGUUUCCUUGGGGUCUUCACGCGUAUGAUGAACUAAUUGAUUCAAUACGCAAAGCAACCAAAGAUCUACAUCUGAAGAACAGUUACGUGUUGGAUGGAUUCUCCAUUGCGUUUCAGAUAUGGGUUAUGGAGGCAAUCCCCGACAUUGGUACUAUGGUGGGUCAAAAGUUCAACAAAAACAUUACCAAAGUGAGAUGUAGGAAUUGGAAAGGAAGUGAGAAAGUGUCUUACGAAGAUAUCAGUAGCCUGGCGUCGCACUUCGAUAAGGGAGAGUUGUUCCCUUUUAUAUCUGCUUCUGGGAACUCGGAUGUGAUUGAUAGUGAUCAGUUCUUCAGGGAAGAUGAGAAGAAUGACGAAAGAGUUGGACGUAUUGUUGCUCUGAUCAAUACCAAACAUGAUUGGUCAGAAUUCGAAUGGGAAGUUCACGCUUUGCCUCGAAAUGUGGAGCUGUCUGAUUCAGAAGAGGGUGUUGAUGUCGGAGAUGUCACAGAAACCCAUGUGGAGGAACCAUCACGUGUAGAGGAACCGGCUGUUGUUGCAAGAAGGGGCAAGCGUAAGAUAAAUGAUCAUGGUGCCGAAGCCCGAAAGAAACAAUUGCUUUGUCAACGGGCGGCUGAACAUAACAGUGGUAUCUCCGGUCAGAUGAAGACUUUCAUUGAAGGAUUAUUCACCUCUUUAAAGGAGGUGGUGCAGAAAGACAUCCAAGAGCGUUUUGACAAGGUCGACAAAGAGAUGGCUCAACUCAAGGAAGUGGUGUCUAAGAUUCCGGGUCCGUCAGAUACAAUGGGAAAAGAAAGAGUCUCUGAGAUUCUGUGUCCUUCAGCAAGAAUGGAGAAAGACCAAUGGCGAGAAACAUCACAGAGUCUGUCUCCUUCAGCAGCAAAGGAAAAAGGCAAAGCCAAGGCAGCUGAGACUGGGGUUCCUCCUACGGUUCGUCGUAGCCCUCGGCCAAGAAAGGAUAUUGAAACUGAUGAUAUGUUGGAUUUUUUGAAAAAUUUGUCACAAUCAUCGAAAAAUAAAGAUAUGGAGACCCAAGAGCAUGUACAAGAAGCCGUGGGGAACCUUUCUCAAGCAUCACAUGUUAGAGGUUUCGAUCCCUCACAAAAAAGCUCGCCUGAAGAAGCAGUAGAAAUUAGUACUCCUUUAUCAUCAUUUAAGCCUGCGGAUUACAAAACACUCAGUCUCAAAGAUAACUUACCUGAGGACCGGAGAAAGAAAGAACAACAUCUUUUUAAAUGGGUCGAUGAGGCUUUGUUUGACGAGAUUCAAAGGAUGGAUGAACAAUACUCGAGAAUGGCCAAAGAAAUUGAGGAUCUGAGAAGUUCAUUGAACAAGACAGUGCUGGAAGAAGUUAUGAAGCAAAAGAAUUUGGCAGAUGUAGGUUGUUUAGGAUCCAUGCUUAGUAUUUUAUGUCUGUGUUCGAAACGUGAUUAA